AUGGUAUCGUUCAAGAGUGCUGUUGUGGUGGCUACUGCCGUGUCUGGCGCCGUGGCUGCUCUGUCGUCGGCCAAGUGCCUGUUCCUGACCACCGUGACCGACGCCGCCGGCGUGGCGGCGUUGAACGCCUGCCCCACCCUUUCCGGGGACAUCACCGUCGAAGGUGACGGUCUCGGCGGCGCCGUCGACUUGUCGCAAGUGCAAGUGUUGAAGGGUAACUUGGACCUCACCAACUCGACCUCGGUCACCCUGAUCUCGUUGGGUGGCUUGGAAGAAGUUGAUGGCCAAUUGAACAUCGCCAAGUUCACCUCGGUGUUCAACAUCGACUUCACCAAGUUGUCGUCGGUCACGGGUAACUUGUCGUUGGUCACCAUGCCCUCGUUAUCGGGGAUGAACUUGAACACUGGUUUGACCAAGCUCAACUCGUUGACCAUCUCCGACACCGCUCUUUCUGAACUCACUGGUCUCGUGUCCAACGUCACCGAAAUGGCGUACUUGGACUUGGACAACAACAAGAACAUGUCGCUGAUCAAGUUGCCCUUGAAGAAGAUCACCGACCUGCUUAUCUUGUCGUUCAACGACGACAACGCCAACGUCACCUUGGACUCGUUGGAAGAAGCCUACUCGGUCGUCAUCCAGGAUGUCGCCCUGGUGUCGCUUAAGAAGCUCAAGGCCGUCAACCUGACCUUCCAGAUCGCCUACGGGUUCUUCGAAGACCUCGAGUUGCCCAACCUCGAAGAAGUCGACGGGUCGGUGAGAAUUGUUGCCAACACCCAGUUGCUUAACGUGUCGUUCCCCAAGUUGACCACCAUUGGCGGUGAACUCGGUUUCGAAAACAACACCAAGUUGGAAGACCUCGGCGACGCCUUCCCCGAAGUCACCGACAUCAAGGGUGCCCUCAACAUCAAGGGGGACAUUGGUUCGUUUGAAUUGCCCAAGUUGAAGCAAGUCGCCGGUACUUUCACUUUGGAAUCGACCAACGACGAGUUGGACUGCUCCAAGGCGUUGGACAAGAGCAAGGUUAAGGCCAACGACCCCGUGUGCUCGGCCCCCGCCAAGAAGGACACCUCGUCGGGUUCCGACUCGGCCUCGGCCACCUCCACCGGCAAGGGCGGCAAGCAAUCGGGCGACUCCAAGAGCUCGGACUCGUCGUCGUCCAACAACAGCGACAACAAGAAGUCGGGUGCUGCCGCCAUCUUCCCUUCGUUGGCCGCCGUCAUCGGUGCCUUCAUGAUCAUGGCCUAA